CAACCACCUCGCACCUGUACAAUACUCUACCCACCAUGGCCGCACCAAAGCCCCUCACCGACUUCCAGCAGACAUACCACUGGCGCAACAAGAACUGCGGGCCCUGGGCGCAGGAGUGGGUCAAGAAGGAGCUGCCGGGCCUCAAGGCGUCGGACGCGACGCACGAGGCGGAGAUCACCGAGGUCACGAGCGUCAGCGGUGACUGCGACCUGGGCCAGCGCAAGGGCAAGCUCCUCACCAUCUACGACCUCGAGGUCGAGGCCAAGUGGAAGGGCACGGGCAAGUCGGGCGAGGAAGUGACUGGGCGCCUCUCGAUCCCCGAGUUCAGCCACGAGAUGAUCGACGGCAUCUCGGACUACGUGUUCAACUUUUCCGUGGACUCUGGCUCCUCCGACGCCGACGACGUGCUGGCCUUUGCGCGGAAGAGCCUCGCCCCCGUGCUCGAGGAGCGGCUGAACGGGUUCCGCCUCGAGCUGCUGACCGCGCACGGCAUCUUCGAGGGGGCGAGCAACGCGCCGAGCGGCGCGAGCACGCCCGCGCUGCAGAGCUACUCGCCCGCCCCGCCCGGCGAGGUGCGCUCCAAGGCGUCGACCCCCGCGCCCAAGCCUGCCACCCCGGCGCCAGAGGCCACGUCCCUCAAGACGGUCACGGUCGAGGUCAACGCGCAGCUCCAGGCGUCGGCCGACGACCUCUGGUCCAUCCUCACCGACGAGAACCGCGUGCCCAUGUGGAGCCGCGCCGCGGCCAAGAUCACCCCCACGCCCGGCACGCCGUACGAGCUGUUCGGCGGCAACGUGUCGGGCAAGAUUGUCGAGGCGGACAAGCCGACCAAGCUCGUGCAGACGUGGCAGACAAAGUCGCCCGGAUGGCCCUCUGACCACUACGGCACCAUGACCAUCACGCUCAAGCAGGGCUCGGACUCGACGGCCGGUACGUCGCCCACCCGAGCACUUCUGACCCCAGUGACCUUUUCGCUUGCCGGCGUGCCCGCGAGCCGCGAGUCGGACAUUGAGCGCGCCCUCAACGGCUUCUACAUCCAGGGGUUGAAACAGAUGGGGUUAGUCAUUUCGUCGUCGUCGCGGACGUUUGUAGACAAGCCGGCGGCGCGGGGCAAGGCCACGGCGACGCGGCGGGCAAAGAAGGCCAGAGCGCCGAACGCCGCGCCAACGCUGCUGGAGCGCGUCGCACGCCCAGAGGUCCCUGGGCACCAUGCUUUAAACACCUCCAGCCGACCGCUUGCGCGGACAAAAACAAAACAAACAAACAGCAUAUAGAACGAAUACAUCAUGAAUGUGUUGGUGUACAGG